CAAAAACACGCGUCGCCAACAAAACUCACCAGCAUACAAAUCCACCAUAAAUCCACCCCAUUGCCUGGAUUCUACAACAUCAUCUGUAAUUUCCCUUAUUUACCACGCCAACCCAUCAUGGCCUCGGACAGGGAGCUGCGCAAACGCCGCGACGCCUCACAAGCAUCAUCUGUCACGGCGGUACCAGAGAAGCUGUCCCUGCUGAUCCAUUGGGACGACCUGCCGCCAUGGCGCCGCGACAACGCCUUCAUUCACACAUCGUACCGCCGCAUCACACCGUCCUAUACACACGCUCUGCGCUCACUGUUCUAUCUGCACAAUGAGUCGGUCAACAUCUGGAGCCAUCUCAUCGGGUGCGCCAUCUUUGCAGCCUCAUCGGUGUACAUCUACAAUGUCGCUAGGCCGCGGUACCUCGAGUACGCUAAUUUCACGGACGUGGCUGUCUUUGCGUGCUUCUUUGGCGGCGCCAUGCUCUGUCUGGGCAUGAGCGCAACGUAUCAUGGGCUCGUUGACCAUAGUGAGCAAGUUGCCAAGUGGGGGAAUAAGCUGGAUUAUACGGGUAUCGUGGCGCUUAUUGUGGGAAGUUAUGUGCCGGCGCUGUAUUACGGGUUUUACUGCCAGCCUGUGCUACUGCAGAGUUAUCUCUAUCUUAUUUGUAUCCUGGGAGCUGGCUGCGCGACAGUCUCGUGGGUGGAACGAUUCAGGACGCCGGAUUGGCGGCCAUAUCGCGCUGCCAUGUUCAUUAGCCUGGGGCUGUCGGGUGUGAUUCCCGUGGUACAUGGUAUCAGCCAGGACGGGUUCCAGGCGGUGGAUGAUAGAAUGAGCGUCGGGCUGGUGAUUCUGCACGGCGCCAUGUACAUCUUUGGCGCCGUCUUGUAUGCUGUUCGAUGGCCGGAGAGAAAUCAUCCAGGCAAAUUCGACGUCUGGGGCCAUUCGCACCAGAUUUUCCACAUAUUUGUGCUCAUGGCGGCCUUGACGCACUUUUACGGCAUGGCCAAGGCAUUUGAUUACCAUCAUACUGUUAUGAAGGGCGUCUGCGCAGCAUAGACUUUACGCUUACUAGAGGAUUGUAUAUAUGAGAUGACGUUACAUAUAUAGACGAAGAGAAUACAUAAUGUUUCAUUAUCAUGCUAGCUCUAUACCCAGAUCCAUUACUUUCACCAAGCCAGACGCCAUGGCAGCGGCUGCCCAGCACCCGUACGCCUCAUUUGGAUUCCACUGGACGGAACAUAUUCUCGUGCCAGGAUCAUUCAUAAACAUCUUUGUAGUACCACUUCCGCCCUCUCCAUCAUCAUCCGACUCAAAGUCAGUCUUGGUAGCAGACUUGGCCUUCUUCUUCUUCGGUUUAGGCGCGGCCUGCCUACCUUCCGCCUUCUCCGGCUUCGUUUCUAACGCGAAGCCAUGGAUAAUCCGCGACGUGCCACGCACUGCUGCUGGCGUGUCGGGCUGGUGGAAACGUGCCGACACAUGCUCGUGCUGGAAGAUGCGUAACCGGCCCAUAGUGACGUAGCGUGUGCUGAGAAGCUCGGCGAGAGGAUUCAUGCACCAUACACUUCCGUCUAACGUGCCGACAAGCAGACAUGGAUGUGUUCGACCGACCGACAGACAUGUCGGCAGACUAUCCAUAGUACACAGUGUUCGCACCAUGGGAAAGUGUGCGUAAUGCGAAAACGUGAGAAUUGCAUUAACUGCGCGCGAACUUGGGUUCAGCAUGAUGAAGCCGAGCAGGUGGUCGCUGUAGCCAAUGAGAUGGGCCUGCGGGUUGAUGACUGUACUUUGCACCUCGGUGGAUUCGAUGCUGGGAGAUCGUAGGUCGAUAAGCUUAUUUGUUCCGCCGACGGGAUACGAAGCAACCAUGUAAGGCCGGCUUGGUGCACCAGAAACCAUACCGACAAUCGUGGUAUGGUGCACUGGGUGGCGAGAGAGUAGACGACGGGGCUGGAUCGACCAGAGCGCAAUAGAG